GCUCUCGGGGGUUCGGCAGCUCUGCUCAGGUACCGUCAGCUCCGGACCGCUGUUCUGAUUUCAGCAGAUUCAGCUUCAGAUUCAGAAGUUGUAACUGGACCAGAGCUCUCGAUCCGGAGGGUCCACGCUGGGAAACCGGCUCGGUUUGAGUCCCUUGCUUGAAAGCGGAACAAUCAGAGAACUCUUGCAGCCAAAGCAGAUCCUUUUAAAAACUGAAAGGAACCCAAACUCACGGGGAUCAAAGCGGAGACGGAGGUCUUUGACUCAACCUGUUGUCAUGACGACCGAAGAUACAGAGGAAACGCGUGGACAUCAAACUGAAGCGCUCAGCAGCAACAACACGGGAGGAAACACGGAGCUACGUCGCUCUUUCACCACCCUGAGCACUAUCGCCGUCCAGGCUGGAAAGUCUCAGGUCGUGGUCUCCGUCCUCCAGAGCGGGUCUGUUGUCCACCUCCAGCUGGUCCAGGUCCAACCAGGGCUAUGUGAGAUCGGAUGGAACCAGGAGGAAAACCAGACGCUGGUCCAGGAGGAGCUGCAGCUGUUGGAGAAGCUCGAGAAACACGAGCCGGAGGUUCUGGGUGCGGUGAAGGAGAAGAGAGGACAGGAGGAAGAGGAGGACCUGAGCGACGCCAUGGAGGCGUCUCUGAGCGAGGGAUGGUCGCUGCUCCUUCACCUGCUCCGGAGACGCCUGGAAGUCCUGACCCUGACGUCUGACUUCUACUGCCAAACAGCCGAGUUUGCGGCCAGUAUCAACAGAUUUGAGGAUCUGCAGAUGAACCUAGAGGAAGACAGACUGACUGAAGUCCAGCUCUCGUAUGGCUCCAUGAGGAGAGAUCUUCUGAGGAAAUCCCUGCAGGUGUUGACCAGCAGCAGGUCUCUGCUGCAGAAGCUGGGCCAGCUGCAGAGGGCCGAGGCCCUCCAGAGGACAGGAGGAGAACUGCAGGCCGAGGAGGCGUGGGAGGAGGGUUCCCAGUGCAGCAGGGGGCCGGCGGUGAGGCUGGAGGAGAUGGUGGAGCGGCUGCAGGAUCGGAGGCAGAGGGCGGAUCAGACUGUCAGAUCGCAGCUCCAGCAGAUGGAGAACCGCAUCAAAGUCCGGAAAACAGAGACAGAGUCCAACAGAACCAACUGGGAUGACUGGAGUCCUCUGGACCAAAACAUUCACUCAGGAUCCAGAUCACACCAAAGUGGAGCCAUGAGGUCUGUAGGCAAGUCUGAAGGUUGCACAACAGCUGAGUCUGGACCCCAUUCAGACCUGCAGACUGAAUUCAGGACAGAUCAGAAAUGUCUGUCACAAUCAGAGGUGACUGGAGAUCCGGACCUGGAAACUGGGUCCAGAUCAGAAGAUGCAGUCAAGCUCCAGUCUAGAUUAAAACCAGAUGUGCAACCAGGCUCUGGGUUGAACCUGAACCUCAAAUCUAGACCAGAUCAAUCCAAAAAUCUGGAGCCUGAAUCCAGAUCUGAUGAGACCGAAAUCCAGCAGUCUGGAUUUAAGUCAUUUGGGUCCAUGGACCUCCAACAUGGAUCCGGGUCAAACCUGGUGAUAGAAUCCCCUUCAGAGGAGGACAGGACAUUUGGUCUGGGAUCUGGAUCUGAUCUGAAGCUUUGGUCUGCGUCAGGAGAGACCAGACUUGGAUCAGGACAGACCAAAGAUCUUUACCUGGAAUGUGAAUCAGAAGAACUUCCUAGAUCCAUAUCAGAGAAGACCACAGACCUGCAGUCUGAGUCCACCUCAACAGAGACCAGAAGUGUCCAGCCUAGUUCCAGUCUAAACCUGCAGGCAGAUCCCAGAUUAGAUGCUGGUUUCAGAUCAGACCCAAUGAUCAGAUGCAGUUCAGGAGCUCUGCCAGGAUCUGGAUCAGAUACAAAGUCAGCAUCUAGAUCAGAGGAGAGCGAGGAUUUGAGACCUGGAUCUGGGAAACAGCAAGUGGGAUCAAGACCAGUGGAUACUACAGACUUUCAGUCUGGAUUCAGAUCAGUUCUGAAACCCACAUCCAGAAUUGAUACGAAGCCUCAAUCCAGAACGGAGGAGACAGGAAGCCAGCAGUCAGGAUCCAGCUCAGAGGCUGACGACAUGAGCAGCAAAAAGGAUGACGAAUGCCACCCAUCUGCUGCUGCUGCCUCCAGUGGGCAAGUUACAGUUCUGCAAGGCACACUGGGAGACGACACCCCACAUGCGGAAGACCCCACCCAAAACAUCCUUCUGACCAAUGAGAGGCAGCAGCUGCUAUUGACAUUUGAAUGCCUCGAGAAAAAGGUUUGCAGCUGGCUGCAGCGGAGCAGAGGUGCGUUAUCAAACAGCUGUGAGGCAGGACGACAGCUCUCCGAGGCCGAACACACUCUGAACACACACCUGCAGCUGCAAGCACAGGCUCAGCUUACAGGUGACGAUGUAGAGAACCUGAGGCAGAUCCUGGAUCAGCUCAGAGCUCUGCAGCGUCCGACCAGCAGCAGCAGCAGCCCCCAGGCUGCCUCUGGACCCAGCAGGACCAGCCCCCAGCCUGGACCCAGCAGGCGUCUGUCCCCUCUGAAGGCUUUGACGGAGCAGCUGAAGAGAGGCAGCGCAGGCACACAGGCCAGGACCGCCAACGCUAUGCUACAUCCACUUCCAGACCUCGCUGACCGAGUCGAUGCGGCGAUGAAGGAGCUGCAGAGUCUGAGCAGGAAGAUGGACUCCAACCUGCAGCUGCUGCAGCGCUACGUCCCUUUCCUCAGAACUGCAGGGGAGAUGGAGGGCCUGAUGGAGGUGUACAGGUGUGGACCAGAAGUGGGAGCAGAAACAGGGAAAGAAGCUGGUCGAACUAGAGAGGAGACCUGCUGGGAGGAGAUGCUGCAGAAGCUCCUCGCUAUUGAAGAACUCGGAAACAGCUGCAUCCACACUGUUACCACGGUAUCUGAGUCGGGACUGGACCUGGAGUCGAUCCUGACGACGGUGCAGCAGACGAUGCAGCGACUCAACAAAACCAGGCAAGAAGCAGAGGAGCUGCGAACCCGGGACCAAACCCAGGUCCAGCAGCAGCAGGACGUGAUUCUCCGCAGGAAACACCAGGACAGGUUGAUCAAGACCCUGCAGGACCUGAACUCUGUCUCUGAGCUACUUGAGUCCUCCACUCUGAUGGAUCUGGGUUCAGACCUGCAGACCUCCAAGCUGCAGGAGCACUUCAGGCAGGCCGGCCCUUGUUUCAGUCAGCUAAACGCUGAGGUGGAGUACAUGGUGAAGUCCUGGGAGGGUCUGAGAGGAGUCCAGGACCAGCUGGAGGGAGGAGCAGCGAUGGAGGAGGAUCUGUCCGAGCUGCUGAGGCUCCAGAAGAUGGUGAGGGACAAGAUUGAGCAGAGUCAGUCCAUCCUGGACCUGACCGGCAGCUUCCACCUCAAAGCCAAGCAGCUGGAGAAGCUGCUUCAGUCGGAACCCACCAGUCCUCCUACUGGUCCCACUGGUUUUUGUGGGUCCAAUGAGACCAAAGUGGACCACCACAGAGAAGCACAGCAACAGAUCCAGAACCUGCUUAAAACCACCUCAGCACUGAAGACAAACAUCUGCGCUGCAGUUGCUCACAGCAGUUGGGCAGGUUUCCGGCUGGGGGAGCUGGAAGCUCGUCUUCAGACUCUGGACUCUCUCUGUGCAUCCUGGCUGAAAGAAGCAGCUCGACAUGAGGAGAGACUGCGCAGAGAGCAGCUCGCCCGCCUACUGCAGGAUGACAUCAGGCAGAUCUGUGACUCCUUUAAGGAACUGAAGAAGCGCUUCAGUAACACGAAGUUUAACUACCUGAAGAGAAAUGACAGAACCAGGAACAUGAAAGCUGUCAGGAACCAGCUGCAGCAGGUGGAGCUGUACGAGGAAAAGCUGCAGGUGCUCAGAAAGCGCCUGCACGGUGUGACGUCUCGUCUGGGCUCUGAGGUAAAGGACGGAGGCGUGGCCCGACAGGUGGAGGACGCUGCCAACGAACUGCAGAGACAGAUGGGAGAGUUUGAGCGCAGCAUGUCCGAGCACCGAAAAACACUGGACAUGACCUGCAGACUGCAGCAGGCCAUGGACGAGUAUCAGUUCUGGUGUGAGGAGGCGGGCGCGACCAUUGCUCGUGUCGGGAAGUUUUCGUCUCAGUGUCGCAGCACGGAAGCUGUGAGCGUUCUCUACCGUCAGUUUGAGAAGUUCGUGUGGCCGACGGUUCCUCAGCAGGAGGAGCGGAUCAGUCAGAUCACAGAGCUGGCCAUCAGGAUACACGGGGCGGAGGAGGGACGCCGCUACAUCGAGAAGAUGGUCGGCAAACACUCGCAGAUGGUGCGGUCCAUCAGGGAACUCAGCGAUGGCCUGAUGGAGCUGGAGGCCAAGCUGAAGCUGGAGAGUCUGAAGCAGCGGGAGAACGAGGUGGAGGAGAGCGGGCAGAGGAAAGAUAAUGAGACACAAGAGAAGGAGAGGAAAGAAGGGAGGAACAUUGAAGAGAGCGAGCAGAGGGAUAACUGCAGCACACUGGAGAUCGCCGAUAUGUGUGAGCUGAAAGAGACAGGCCACACCCCUGAACUGACUGUGAUCAAUGGGAAGUCUCCACUACAGAAAAGUCCCAGUGAGAACAGAGACAGACAGACGCUCCUCUCAGACUGCAGUUCUUCACAGGAUGAGAUGGUCACCAGCUCUAGCUCACCUUCAGAGGAGAACCAACCGGUCCAGAUCCUCCACGGCCAAUCAAAGCCUGUCACCGCCCAGCCUCAGGCCACACCCCUUCCACCUGUGAUUGGUCCAGCGUUAUCUAACAUCCAGCAAGAGUUUAAGAAUAAGGAGAUGGAAGAAAUGGGAGAGAAGGCGGCUUCCACUUCCUGUGGAUCCAACAUGAUGCCACUACAGGAUGCAUCAGUGGAUCUCCAACAACAAGAAGCAAUGCCAGAGGAUUCCCUGUCCAACGACGAAUACGACUGCGCGUCACCCGACGACAUUUCGCUGCCACCGCUGGCAGAUACGCCCGAGUCGGCCAUGUUCCAAUCAGAUGUCGAGGAGAGCGUCUGCUUUAGUUCCCACAGCGUCCACAUGAGCCAGUACGGCAACGCUCAACCAGAGCAAGCUGCAGCAGGUGCCAUCCAACAACAGAGGGCUUCCAGUCGGACGCACAGUUGUCCAAGCCCGUCCAUUAGUCUUCUCAGCAGCACCAGGUUCAGAUUAGAGUCCUUUGUCCAGAGUGUCGUGACACUUCCUGCUCCGAGACUCUUCACCAGCAGUCUGUGCACCAUCCUGAAGACGAGGGAGACGAGCCCUGAGAGUGCCGGUCUCUCACUGGAAAGCACUGAACACAGCCUGCCUCGUGGGUCCAACACGGUCCCGAACUCUUUCACCCGCAAGAGUGUCCAUGAGAGGACGCCUUCACAAACCAGCCAACACGUCACCACUCCACGAGUUGCAGAACCGAGUCAGACCGGUUGUCCUCGACUCUCGACUGCUCCAAACCCUGAUUGUCACAGUCGUCAAAGUGACGCCUGCUUGGCUCCAUCUCUGCUUGGUGUAGAGAGGGACCUCCAUCAGGUCGCCGACCCCGUUAAACAUACGAGACAAACCACACAAGACGAGGACGGCCGUACCAGGAUCAGCACCAGUCCAACUACGCAACAGAACAUUUACUUACUGUCGUCCUCUUCGGUCAGUCAUCUUUCCGUGCAACAAACUCACCCCCAAGUGGAUCCAGUACCCGGGGCCAAAGGGUUUUCUCAGACUUCCAAUCUCAACACCUAUCCACAGGACACUGAUCCUCCCAAACCUUACACAACUGUCUCCCAAACCCCCACAGACUCUCAACACAUCCCUCUUUUACAGUCUUCGACUGGUUGUGGGAAGGUUCUGGAUCAAGAGGAACCCAAAACGGAUUCAGACGGAUCCGGAGGUAGCAGCUUUACCACGGCCACUACCGUCACCCAGCAGACCGUGUGCCGCCGGUCCUGCAUGGCGGACGGACCGCAGCCCGACAGCUCCUUCAAUCAGGACACCGGAGAGCCUGCUGAGGGCCACGGCCCUCCACAGUCAAACCAUGUCAGCUUCACCAGGGAGGAGAGCCAUGCCGCCGCCUCCUCCCUCCACGGGUCCCUGACCUCCAUCUGUGACCAGCAGAGUGUGCACGGCUCCAGCAUGAGUCCCAGCCGCCCCGCCCAGCCCGCCACUCCCCCUCAACCCGACGGUCAGACCAAGGUUUUGGCUGAGCAGGCUAACCCGCAUGUCCCACCUUCUCCCUCUCCACCUCAUCUACUAACUCCACAGCAAGAUCCUGACAUCUGUCUGCCCGUGACCAUCCGUGAGGAAAUCAGGCUUACGCCUCAGAUCCAGGGGCCCCCCAUCCCUCCUCCAUUUACCCUGGCAGAGUCUCUUCCUCAGGGCAAGGCCUCUAGACAUGCCCCCCCCUGCUUCACCAGACCCCUGUCUCGAGCUACAGUCAUGGAGGGCUCUCCGGUGACGCUAGAGGUGGAGGUGAUGGGACCCCAAGAGCCCACGCUCACCUGGUUUAAAGAUGGAGAGGUGGCGCCAACCUGCGACCGAGAAAAAGGCUUCCCGUUCUUCACCGAGGCGGUGGAGUCGGCCGGCGGACUAAACACCACCCAGCAAACCGCCCUUCGCAAGGCGCAGCAGGAAGUGGGCGGCAGCGGCGACGAGGAUAGGUGGCUGGUGACUGAAGUUUAUGACAUCAUUGGUGUGGACUGGCUCACCUGGUUUGGGACUUUGUGUUUUUUACUGUGGCUGCUCUACCUGAUUGUACUUUAGAAGCUCCAAUCAGCCUCAGGGUUUGGUCCCCUGUGUUCAUAUUAAAGCAACACUGUAGAUGAGUUGGGUUCAUUUGAUCCUGGAGAACCAGCGGCAGGCCCCGUGUGGUCCAGCACCGCCAGUUAGUAGAUACCAGUUAGGAACCGGGCCCUGCACAGGUUGACAGGAACCAACAUGUCACGUCGCAUCCUCCGACAUGGUGCCCGAUGGACGCCUUGAGAAUAUUAAGCCAGCCAGUUUAAUAGAGGUGUUGGUGUGUGAUGCGUUGCUAUAACCGGGCCAGACCGCAAAAAGUAACGUAGUGCAACUCGCUGGACUGUUAGUGGGACGGGGCAUCCACGUCCACGAAGCAUCUACAGGAGUUUUAGACUAUUUAAUGGUGAAAACGUUACGCAGUGUUGCUUUAAUACUUCAUAAAGCAUCAGGAUUAUUGAGUUAUUCAACAGUUUGUUCAACCUGACGACGUGUAACAGCUACUGACACCUAGUGGUCAAACCGGACGCGGCAGCCUUCACCAAGUCUGUUGAUCUGCCAUCCACCGUGGGGGACGUCUACCUGCUAUCCAGCAGUAAAAGUCCACCUGUCAGACAACUUUGACGCCACUUCAAAGACCUCCAGGGUUUGUUCUUGUUCUGAGGCUUUUACUUUCUCCAACUUGCUUCAUCUCUUAAUGUUUUUGCUUCUUUUAUGAGUUUGAUUCUGCUGCUUGUUCCUUCAGUACCUGACGAGUUUGAUCCUCUUAAAUGUGUUCCUCCAAUCAUCUCACUAACUAAAACCCUGUUAUCCUUCAACAAUGACUUCCUAGAAGGACCCACUGUAAGAUCUUGUUGUUACAUACUGUAACUUUAAGACAUGAUUGAGUUUCUAAAUUAUACAAAGUAAUUUCCUCUCAAACUCUAAAGAUAAAAGAUUCUCAGAACUGAAAUUAUUCUGUAAAUCUGUACUGAUGCUGUAUCUCACCAAGAGUUGCUCCAACACAGUUUCUUUUCCUUUCCAUUACCGGUUCUGAUCCCUGGACUUUAGGAGUGGGCCAGUCCAGCACCACUCCUGGUGGGAUUUUCCCUUGUAAAAUAACUCCAACAUAAUCCCGGUCGGUAUCCCAGUCAAAAAAAACUUCAUUUGGGUUCUGUUUAUACAAUGAAAUUGUAUGAGGUGGCGCAUAGACGUAAAUACUGGUAAAAGCCUUAUUUUCAGCAGAAAUGGGGAUCAUUAUUGGAAUCAGAUGACGGCUGGUGCACAGAUCUGUCAGUCAUGAUGUUAUUUUCCUCUGUGAUGUAAUUGUGAUGCAAUUUAAAAUGUAUUUGUGAAAUAAACUUCAAGUC